CUUGUUUAAGGAUUUAGGAGACUAGGGUAAAUUUUUAUCUUGCAUUUACUUAUUAAAAUCUUCAAAAUAAUUAAGAACAAAUAAUAAUUAGCGACACGAGCAGUUCAUUAUCAGUUGUAUACAAUUUUUGUACUUAUUAAUUUACAGCUCAAGUAAAGCGUUAGUUAUUAAAUAGAUAUUAAAUGGCAGCUGAAGUGCAAAAUAAGGUUCAAAAAUUAAAAGAAAAUGGAAAUAAUUGUGUACGUCAACAGAAAUAUCCUGAAGCAAUGUUUCAUUAUACACAUGCAAUUAAAAUCGAUCCUAAUAAUUAUUCUCUAUAUAGCAAUCGAUCUUUUGUAUUUCUAAAAAUGCAACAGUAUCAUUUUGCAAUGGAGGAUGCUGUAAUGGCCAUAAAAUUGAAGCCUGAUUGGACCAAGGGCUAUUAUCGCAAAGCUGAAGUUGAAUUUCAAACAUUUAGGUUUUGUGAUGCCUUACAAUCAUACAGACAAGCUCUAAAUUUACAACCAAAUGAUCCAGAUAUUUUGGAGGCCAUUAAUAAAGCAUCUAGAUCAUUAAUUAAAGAUCAAAGAGCUGACCAACAAAUUCCAUGGCUUGGAGCUGGUAUUGGAAUUAUUUUAGGUGUAAUUGUUGUAAUUGCUGAUUAUUUAUUUACUAAUAAACCAACACUAACUCAUCCACUUUUAAUGGCGCUAUUGACAAUAUCAAUAGCAAUGAUUGGGUUUGGAAUAGCCAAAGGAUUUCGUUAUUUUGUUAAAUGUCAACGUAAGUCAUUACUUGAACCGCCGUUCGAUUUGAAGGAUGAAAAUAAUACAAAGCAAGAUGGUGACAAAAAUACUGAUGAUGCUGAUAAGCAAAAUGAUAAGCACCCAAAGUACAGCAAAGCUCAAGCGCGUCAACGUUUUAAGAAAGGCAAAACGUAGUUUACUCGCUUGUAAAGAGUAUAAAUAUAAAUCAUUAAAUUAUCACUUUUAACGAUA